ACCCGGAAGCGGUCAGAGGCGGCCGGGGCCUCUCUGCCGUCUGCCCGACAUGGACGAAGCUGACCGGCGGGUCCUGCGGCAGUGCCGGGUGCGGCUGGUCAGCGAGCUGCAGGUGGCCGCGCUCUGGGACAAUCUGCUGAAUCGCGAGCUCUUCACCCCCGACAUGAUCGAGGACAUCCAGCGGGCAGGCUCUGGGUCUCGGCGAGAUCAGGCCAGGCAGCUGAUCAUAGAUCUAGAGACCCGAGGGAGUCAGGCCCUUCCUUUGUUCAUCUCCUGCUUAGAGGACACAGGCCAGGACACUCUGGCUUCGUUACUGAGAACCAGUAGACAAGCAGCAAAGCAGGAUCCAGAGGCCAUCAGACCCCUGGACCUCAAGCCUGUGGUGCUCGGACCAGUGAGCCUCAAACCAAAGGAGCUGAGAGGGGCAAAGCGGGAUCCAUCGAAGCCGAGCCAAGGAAAACUCGCUCCAGUGGUGCUGGGGCCUGAGGAGCUCUGGCCAGCCAAGCUCAGCCCCGAGGUUCUCAGACCAGAGGCACCCAGGCCAGUGGACAUUGGUUCUGGAGGAUUCAGUGAAAUCCGUGCUCAGGACAGAGCCAAGGGAAAUGCCGACUUGGCAUACGUUCUGAACGCAGACCCCUGUGGACACUGCCUCAUUAUCAACAAUGUGAACUUCUGCCACGAGUCGGGGCUCAGGACCCGCACGGGCUCCAGUAUUGACUGUGAGAGGAUGCAGCAACGCUUCCACUUGCUGCAUUUCGUGGUGGAGGUGAAGUGUAACCUGACUGCCAAGCAAAUGGUCCAGGCUUUGGUGCAGCUGGCGCAACGGGACCACAGUGCUCUGGACUGCUGCGUGGUGGUCAUCCUCUCUCAUGGCUGUCAGGCUAGCCACCUCCAGUUCCCGGGCGCUGUUUAUGGCAUAGAUGGAUAUCCCGUGUCUGUCGAGAGAAUCGUGAACACCUUUAACGGAACUGGCUGCCCCAGCUUGGGAGGGAAGCCCAAGCUCUUCUUCAUCCAGGCCUGUGGCGGAGAGCAGAAAGACCAGGGGUUUGAGGUGGCCUCCACUUCCCCUGAAGACAGGACCCCUGACAGCGACUCUGAGCCAGAUGCUACCCCGUUCCAGGAAGGCCCAGUCACCGUCGACCAGCCGGAUGCCGUGUCUAGUUUGCCCACACCUAGCGACAUCUUGGUGUCCUACUCCACCUUCCCAGGUUUUGUCUCCUGGAGGGAUACCAAGAGUGGCUCCUGGUACAUCGAGACCCUGGACAGCAUUUUUGAGCAGUGGGCUCACUGCGAGGACCUUCAGACCCUCUUGCUCAGGAACCUUCCUGCUCCAGCCCUGGUGGCGGCUGAGGCCUGGACUUUCCUACAACCGUGGCUGACACCCAUUGAAGGAUUCUGUAGCCUGUAGAGGUCUGCUCUUCCCCCGCUCCCCGGGCUGCAGACACGCUCCUAGCAGCUUUUAAAUUGGAGCCAAAUGACCGGCGAUGGAAGAAGAGGAGCAGAACGCCGUGGACACCACAGGGUUCUUUGCCAGUGGCCCGUUCCUGCCUAGUGGCUGUGGCCUGUGACCCCUGUGUUUUCUCUACAUCAGGGCUUCAAAGCCUCAGCACAGCUGACAUUUGGGGCCAGAGAAUCCUUAGUUGUGGGGCCGUCCUGUGCACUGUGGGAUGUUUAGCGGCACCCUUGGCCUCUCCCCACUAGAUGCGAGCAGCACCCCUUCCCCGAGUCGUGACAACCAAAACUGUCUUCAGACAUUGCCAAAUCUCCCUGGUGGGCCCCCACUGGAGAACCACUGAGUUACAGGAAAUUUUGGUGACAAACAGACCAGCAUCUCUUUUAGAUCAGCAGUUUGGGGCUACUAGAGUCUGAAGAGUUAGAAUCUGUGAAUCCUAAAUGAAGUUUUAAAAAUUAUCAAUUUUUGUGUAUAUUGCAGUGUUCUUAAAAACAAAACAAAACAAAACCUUAGGUGAAUAUGGACUCUCUUUCACCUAUUUCCCUCCCUCAUUUUGCUCUAACUCUUUAUUCUUCCUUAUAUAAAGGGGACUUCGGAUUUUUGGGAAACAUUUCCCCAGCUCUUAUUUCUUUGGACUUUCCCCCCUACCCCAUCACAGGAAGGUGACUGGGGUGGGAGCCGUGUGUUCGGGGAGGUUAAGUCACCUGUCCAAGGAACACAAUUAACCAGUGGAGAGGCCUGGCCAGGCCCAGGUCUUCUUGAGUCCAGCCCGCCCCUCCAGGUACCUUCCUGGCUGCAGGACCCGCACCCUUCCCCCCGCCACCAAGGCCUUUAAGCUGCCUCAAUCCCAGCCUGUUUCUUGCUUUCAGGGCCCUAGAUAUGAGGACGAUUUGCUAAUACGACUCUCACCAAGAUGUGAUUCAUGUAGUUGUCACUUUAUUAUUAUUUUCCUCCUGUGACCUUUCCAAGUCCGAAACAGUCCCGGGGACUUCUGGUGGUUAGUUAUUUUCAGUUAUUUUCAAUCACCUGCAGGACACACACAAGAAAAUAAUCAGGUUAACCCAGCAGAGCAGACCCUUGCUUGCAGGUUCCCGGCUUUCUCCCUCCCCGCUCCACGCUGCCCGUGUGAAUCAGGCGGCCCGCGUUGAAGCAGCUCUCCCUAGGGGCUCUAAUGAUGCUCCAGAGAAAAGAUGUCAUCACAGCUUUACACUGACCUGUUGGGGCUUCCUGUAAAAAGGAGUCUUAGCCUGGAGUUCAGUUUGGGCUUCAGGGCGGGGGGCCUGGGAACUCUUAAAAAAUUAUAUGCCAAACGUAUGGACGGGCAUGUUUGUAGAUUUCAUUUGUUUCUCAAAAGGCUUGAGAGCCCCUGAAUUGUUAACAAUCCCUGCUGUUGUCAAGGCACCAUCACGUGCUGAGAGUGGGGCUGUAACCCGUUUUCAGAGGCGGUUUGGCAUCUAGUAAACACCCUAACGUGCCGACUCCGUGAUCCAGUGACGCUGCUGGAUCUCUGUAGCAUAGAUGCUCUCAUCGGUGUGCAAGGAUAUGCGUCCAAGGAUGUUCAUUGCAGCCAUGUGAGAGUGGAAAAUAGGAAACAGAUGAAAGCUUCAUUCAUUAUAUUCAUACUAUGGAAUUGUAUUUAGCUGUUCAAAAGAAUGACAUAGAUAUAUGGGCUCACAUGUAUAAUAUGAUAUGGUGUUAAGUGAAACGACUAAGCUGCAGAACAGAGAACAGUAAUGGAGAGUAAAAUCCUAUUUUUGGUUAGAAGACAGUAUGUUUAUGUACGUAUAUAGAUAUUUUAUAGAUGCACCGAAAUAAAUCCAGAAGACCACACACCAAGCCAUUGGCUAUGAUUAUCUCUGGGGGGGUAGAACUGCAGAUGUCAUACAAGGGGGAUGUCUACUUUUUUACUUGAUACACUUUUAAUACGCUUGAUAUGCUUUUAAUAUUUUUACCAAGAGUAUGUAUUACCUUCUAAAAUAAAAAUAAAAAUAAAGCUGGUGAAUGCUGCAGAUUCAUGUGUUGCUGUCAUUCAGCGAACAUCUGUUGAAAGGAUGAAUGCCCUU